AUGUCAGGUCUUGAACAAUCAUUAUUUCAGUUGAAAUUUACAGCUAAACAAUUAUCAAGACAAGCGGCAAAAGCACAAAAAGAAGAAACUCAAGAAAAGGCAAAGAUUAAAAAGGCAUUGAAUCAAGGAAACGCAGAUAUAGCUUCAUUAUAUGCUCAAAAUGCAAUAAGAAAAAAAACAGAACGUAUAAAUCUACUUAGGUUGAGUUCUCGUAUUGACGCGGUUGCUUCUAGAGUUCAAACAGCAGUUACAAUGAGAUCAGUUACUAAUAAUAUGACUACUGUUAUUCGCGGUAUGGAUAAAGCUUUACAAACUAUGAAUUUAGAAAGAAUAAGUCUUGUAAUGGAUAAAUUUGAAACUCAAUUUGAAGAUAUGGAUGCUCUGACUAAUUAUUAUGAAUCAAGUACUAAUAAUGUAAAUGCUUUAAAUACACCACAAGAUCAAGUUGAUGAAUUAUUGAAUCAAGUUGCUGAUGAAGCUGGUAUUGAAAUGAAACAGGGGUUAAAUGCAACUAAUGUCGAAUUAAAAACUCCUGAUAUUGUAUCUGAGGAAAAGGAAGAUAAAUUGGCUGAAAGAUUAAGAGCAUUACGAAAUUGA